AUGACACUCUCUAAACACUCUUCAAUUGUGAUUAUUGGCGCCGGAACUUUCGGUAUCAGCACAGCUUAUCACCUGGCGAAGCGUGGCUAUACCGAUAUCAAAUGCAUUGACCGACACCGCUGGCCCAGUGCAGACUCAGCUGGCUACGAUCUCAAUAAAAUCAUCCGUACAGAGUAUGAAGAAGAGCUCUACACCGAACUGGCGCUUGAGGCUCUACGUGCCUGGCGACAGCCCAUGUGGAAUGGUAUCUUCCAUGAGACGGGUCGGAUAACAACGACGAGCGGGGAUCGAGAGGCUGCAGAGAAUUUAAAGGAAUCAUACGAGAAUCUGCAAAGGGCUGGCGCAGCUGCCUCCAUCGAAUUUGUCGAAGGCAAAGAACAGAUCGCGAAGUACUGCCCUCAGCUGGCAAGCGCACCAGGUCUUGAUGAGUGGAAGGGCCUCUGGAAUAGCGAGGCUGGCUGGGCCCACGCCCGCAAGGGGCUGGAGAAGCUGGCGUCAGAAUCAGAGAAAAUGGGCGUCAAGUUCGUAUCCGGUCCCAAAGGGACGAUGACUGGAUUAGAACUUGAUGCCAAAAACACCCUGCUUGGAAUACAAGUCGCAUCGGGAGACAUAAUCAAGGCUGAUCGGUACAUUCUAUCGACCGGAGCAGCAUCUCCGGGAUUGUUGCCCGACAUUUUAUCAAGCCAACUUUGGUCAAAGUGCUGGACCCUUGCCCAUAUUGAACUAACUGCUGAAGAGGUUGAGCAAUGGAAAGGCAUCCCAGUCAUCGAUAAUAUGGAAUUGGGAUUUACAUUCGAGCCCGAUCCAGAAACCAGACUUAUGAAGAUUUGCAACGCCUUUCCUGGCUAUCAGUGCCUCCAGGGUGAGUACACCAAUCCUGAGACCGGCAAGAAGACCAUUUUCUCCGUGCCACGCUAUGCCAGUGACCACCCCGAAGACGGCAUCCCCGCCGAAGCCACAGAAGGAAUUAAACGCUUCAUCGCGGCUGUCAUGCCGCAGUUCUCAGAUCGUCCCCUCGUACAAGCUCGUGUUUGCUGGUGUACCGAUUCGCCCGAUUCACAUUAUCUCAUUGAUAACCAUCCCAAUCACCCAAGCCUGCUUUUGGCAACAGGUGACAGCGGUCAUGCUUUCAAAAUGCUCCCCAUCAUUGGCGACUAUAUUGCAGAUGCACUGGAGGGCUCGGAGCGUGGGUUGAAGAAGGAGUGGAGGUAUGGUGGUCGGAAAGAGAUAAGAAAUGUCACCAGGCCGGGGACUGAGGUGAAGGAUCUUAGAAGUGUUUUAGGCGUGCAAGACGUAGACUUCAAAUCGAAGUUGUAA